AUGUCGUUCGCAAAAGAACAACAAGCAGCCAUUGAAGCAUGCCUUCGAGCAGCGAAAUUAUGCGAACGUGUUCGAUCGGCAAUUCCGAAAGCAAUCGAAAAGCAGGAUCAAUCACCAGUUACUUUGGCAGAUUUUGGUUCACAAGCGUUGAUAUGUCAAUAUAUUCGUAGUGCAUUUCCAGACGAUCCAAUUGUUGCUGAAGAGAGCCCCAAGGAAUUAAUGAAACCUGAACAUGCAGAAAAUCUUAAACAAGUGGUGCAAUAUGUCAAGGAAGAAAAUUCUGACGUAGAUGAAAAGAAAAUCAUCGAAUGGAUUGGAUACGGCGACGGACAUGUCACUGAUCGUUUUUGGACGUUAGAUCCAAUCGAUGGUACCAAAGGUUUUAUACGACAAGAUCAAUAUGCCGUUGCUCUUGCUUUGAUCGUUGGUGGAGAUGUUAAAGUUGGUGUUUUAGCCUGUCCAGCAUAUGGUGAAGAAGGUGGCCUUCUAUUCUAUGCUGUUCGUGGUCAAGGUUCUUAUACGCAACCUAUUCGUUCGUUCGAAACGACAAUUCCUACUCGCAUUUAUAUAACAUCAAAUACCGAUAGUGAUAAAUUCCGUUUUACGGAAAGUGUUGAAGGUGCUCAUGGCGAUCAAAGUAAACAGAAAAUGAUUGCUCAACGUAUUGGUAUUUCUGCUGAGCCAUUACGAAUGGACUCGCAAGUGAAAUACGGCGCCGUAGCAAAUGGAGAUGCUGUUCUGUAUCUUCGUUUGCCCAAUCCAGGCAGAGGAGACUACCGAGAAAAUAUCUGGGAUCAUGCUGCCGGUACGAUCAUUGUCGAAGAGGCCGGCGGUAAAGUUUCUGACAUGGACGGCAAAGCAUUGAACUUUCGCGACAACGAAAAAAUGCUACAUAAUCGUGGAGUUAUUGUUAGUAAUGGAAUCAUUCACGAACAAGUUCUCGAAGCAUUGAAAAACUAA